CAGUUCAGUGUUUAUAUAGAACUGUAGUUCUCCAGUCUAAGGAAAGCUUGGUCUGGUAACUUGCUAAAGACGUAUGCAGUCAAAAUGUUUGCGCCUAACACGUUUGUUGCAACUUUUGUCCUGUGUUUGCUAAUUUUUUUUACAGAGAUCAGUCAAGGAAGUGAAAAUCAACCAAACAGCGUAAAUGAAGAUACCUUGAAGCUUUUUAGCGAAAACAAAUUCAGAAACAAGCGUGAUGAUGACGGUGGUAUUAGCUUAAAAUCGAUUUUACAAGUAGCCCAGCUCGUUCGCCAGGGCGUCAAUCCCUGUUUGCCUAACUCAAAGCACCAUCAUGAUAUCCUACUGCCACAAGGAGUCAUGUCUUCAGUUUGCAAGUACAUAAGUAAGUCUAAAGUCAAGCCCAUGGGCAUAGUUUCGGGAUGGAAGGGAUUAUUAUCUGAGGAAUUUUUGCGUCAGAAGCAGAGUAUGUAAUUGCAAGUUUUUAUGAACAACAGAGGUCAGAAACCUUCGCUGGGUUUUGGUUUAGUGGCAGUGUGUCCAGUUUCCGACCAGUUUUUCAUAAAUGUGCAAAAUCAUCGCUGAAGUUGUAAAUGAAUUGGUCGGAUUGUGGGCAACAAACUGUACGGUCAGAGAUACCAUAGAAAUAUCACGGUAGUUGUUCAGUAUGAAACGAAUCGUCUGCUUUACCUUUAGUUUACAUUCCCUUUUAAGAACCAGGUGUGUACCCUGAUUACGCAAAACAGAUUUGUACAUUAAUUUCGUCUACUUUACAUCCAGGAUUACUUAAAUAUUCCUUACGACCAAGACAAACUCGACACUACUAGAGUACCAUUUACUAAUAUUUUCUGUCGUUUCUUGUUGUAGCUUCGUGGCUAUGACUAUGGCCAUCUCGACCCU